ACAUUCAGCUUACAGAAUUCACUCUAGCAUUAUCUCAGAUAAUGCUAUAUAUCUAUUUUUAAUGAUUUAGUAUUAUUUUUUCUAUGACAAUUACAGAAAUUAAAUUUUUAGGUGUUGCUUUCUAGCAAAAGGUAAAUGUUUACGUUUAGGCUGUCGUUGUUACACUUUUUCUGUUAGCCUACAAACGGCCCCCGGCCCCCCAUCAGAGUUAUGUGGCCCUCGUUAGAAAAAGUUUGGGGACCCCUGCUGUAGAGCCGCCCCUGUCACCUCCUCUUCUCCAGUCUUUCUCCUCUCAAAUCCGUUCCUCCGUCACGUUGCCAUUUUACCGCUCAUAAUAACCUUACAGGCAGUAAUUUGAAUUCCCUCCCUCCCUCCCUCUCUCUCCCCCCACACACAUAUCGCUUCGCAGAGCGCAUGCGCAGUGGGCAGCGCACUGGUCAUUGCAAGAAGCAGCUGUUCGGGCUGGUGAAAUUCCAACAUGGCAGAGGCUGCGGUCAGAGCUUCCUGCGUAAACUUGGGAUGCUUUCAGCUGCGCGCCAGCCCGGCUUAACCUCCACCGCGCGUCCGUCCGGCACAGCUCCUCCCCGGGAUCGAUGCGACCCUAACCCCCCCGCGUGAGAGGUCAACCUGAAAGAAAGAAGAGGAGGAGAGAAAAAAUCCAGCACGACAUGAUCAGCAGCAGCAGCAGCGUCUAUGGCUUAAAGAUGCAGUGGACCCCGGAGCACAGCCAGUGGGCCGAGCAGCAUUUUGACAUAUCUUCCACCACUCGCUCACCGGCCCACAAAGCUGAGGCCUACAGGGCGGUGCCGGGGCACCUGCAGCGCUCCGCCGCCUACCAGUACGCCUGGGCCAAUGACGACAUCUCCGCCCUCACCGCGUCCAACCUGCUCAAGAAGUACGCCGAGAAGUACUCUGGCAUCCUGGAGAUGCCGGGCUCGUACUCCGAGCCGCCCGGCGUUCCUGGAGUGAUGAACGGGCGUAAGGGGGACUCAGAGCCCUGGCAGGACGGCGUGUACCCCAUGAGCUGCAUCCCGGAAGGCGUUCCCAUUAGAAAGGGAGGGGUGGCAGCGGCGUCAGAGGUGGUGUCCGGCAUGUGCAGCUCCCCCGGCCUUGCCUCCAGCACCCUGAGUGAGCCGAGCUACUCCAGCAGCAGCUGCGGGAGCCACUCGGCCACGGCGCUCCACUCCUCGUCCAUGCCCUCUCAGGAUUACGCCCCUACGUACAGCGGCCCCUACCUGCACAGCAGCUACAGCUCCCAGUCUGCCCCGACCCCGGCCCUCCCCUCUCCACUGCACAGCUCUGGGCUCCUCCAGCCCCCUCCCCCGCCCUCCCACCCCACCUUAGUUCCAUCAUACAAUGGAGGCUCCCCCAAUUUAUCAAGCUAUAACUACCCCCCAGUUGGCUACCCAGCGCAGGGCUCGGUGGGACCAGGAUAUAGCCCUGGAGGGGCGCCGCCACCCUCGUCGUAUCUCCCCUCAGGCAUUGCUGCUCCUACACCUCUUCCCCCCAGUUCUUCUUUACCCGGAUACCCGUACCAGAGCCAUAACCUGACCCCAAUUGCCCCCACCCCUUUGAACAGCAGUUCCUCCAAUACACUAAAGAGGAAGGCGUUCUACAUGGCAACCCAAGGGGAGAUGGACCCCUCUUAUGGAAACUUUGGAUAUGCCCGGAGCUCGGCGGAGAGUCCCAUGUACCGGGUGGCAGAUAGCAGCAGUACAAACGGAGGCUCCAACCCCACCGGUGGCGGGUUUGACAGGAACUCCAAUACCCAGAAACAGUCCUCAAUGUCAUCCGAGCAGCAAAGGAAGUACGGCGGUCAGGGAGCAGGGGGUCCGCUGACUCCACCGGCCUACGUCUCCUCCACCCUGGGGGGCUCCCGGUCUGCAGAUUCUCUUGCUAGCUUCACCUCCCCCUCUCUUAGUGAGCAAGCCGCAGACGACCAUCGUAUGCACCUGUCUCAUUCAGCGCCCGGGCCCGCCUCCUCCUCAUCUAAUCCCUCCUCGCGGCUGGCUGAAGAGCAGCUAAAAACCUGCAAUCCUCAACUCCUGGACAUGGUGACGUCAGAAAUCGUUCAACAGGGCCCCCCAGUGGACUGGAGUGACAUUGCAGGUCUCGAACUAGCCAAGGCUACCCUAAAGGAGGAGGUGCUGUGGCCCAUUCUGCGUCCAGACAUGUUUAGCGGUUUAGGACCGUCCCCACGCUGCAUACUGCUGUUUGGCCCUAGGGGCAGUGGAAGGACGUUGCUCGGCCGCUGCCUGGCCACUCAGCUGGGGGCCCCGUUCCUCCAGCUCAGUGGUUCCACCCUGGCCACCAAGUGGUUGGCCGAUGGAGAAGAGAUUAUCCGAGCGUCCUUUCUGGUGGCACGUUGCCGUCAGCCCUCUGUACUGUUUAUUAGUGAGUUGGACAUGCUCCUGUCUGCCCACCUCAGUGAAGAAAGUCCAAUCAACCAGCUAAAAGGGGAGCUACUUGCCCAGAUGGACUCACUUCUUAUGGGUUCUGGGGAGGACAGUAAUAACCAAGUGUUGGUGAUCUGCUCCUCUAGCAGACCCCAGGACAUGGAUGAAAGUCUACGAAGGUACUUUUCCCGGAGGGUGCUGGUGCCCCUACCGGAUAACGCGGCCCGGCACCAAAUUAUAAACCAGGUCCUGGCCCAAUCCCAGCACAAAUACUGCUUGAGCGAGGAGGAGCUGGCGCUGCUGGUCCAGCGUACCGAGGGGUUUUCUGGACUGGAUCUGGUCAGACUUUGUCAAGAGGCCCUCGUAGGUCUGUUACACUCUGCACAGGGCAUGGACAUGACUGGUAUGAUGCCCAGGGGCCAGAUCAGGCCCCUCUCCUACCAAGACAUUGACAGUGUGUGUUGUAAAUUCCAAGCCAGUAUAUCGCAGAAAGAGAUUGACACUUACACUGAGUGGAACAAAAUGUUUGGCUGCAGCCAGUGAAAACACAGACACCGCCCUUGAGAAAAAGAGUGCUUUCGCAGUUCCUUCCCUCAGGGCAAAUGCAUUGAGCUGGAGGGAAAGGCACGCCGAAGGCCAACACAAGCCCACUGUGCUUUCAAAAAGCAGAGUUUAGAUGCACCCAGAGAGCUGGUGUAUUCCUCGUCUACCGAGCUGGAGUUUCAGUCUGAAAACUUGACACUGGAGAUAGCCAGGCCUUGUUUACACACAAGCGAGUUGGCUUCCGAUGGCCCUAUGUAUAUAUAAAUAUGUUGUCGUUCUUGAAAUUUAGUUGGCUAUCUAAGUGCCUGAAGUGGUGCUUUCUGAUUUUUUUUUUUUUUUUUUGUUAAUUUGCCUCUCAAGUCAACGUUCAUGGCAUGAGCUGAUGAUUAUUAAGAGCUUUAAAACUUCAGCAGUGAGUCUGAAAAACCCUGAUAGUUGCCAUCAGUGGUGGUUCUUCAUCCUUUAUUGUCCUGCUUGGAGCCGUUAUCAAUCCGGGUGGCAGUAGUCUGGCCCUGUCUCGCAUUUCUCUGUGUCUGCAAAACAAACAACACUCAGGAAAGCCUUUGUAAAUUGUACAGUACCUCAAGAUACGUUGACGUUAAAAGCACUAAAACCUGAGAGGAAAAUCGGGCACUGGAAGGUUGUGGUUCAAGAGGCUAUUACGGAUAGCAAAGGAGUGACAAUGAAUGUAUUAGAUAUGUUCUCAAUCGACGGAACAUAAUCUUAAGUGAGUAUUAAAUCAUUUUGUCUUAAAUUUUUUUUGUUAUCAUCACAGCAGGUGCUUUCGUUACCUGUUUCUACUUGACAAAUCCUUCAACUUAUUACCAUUGCUCUUGAAAAAUGUGAUACCGUGUUGUUGCCCAGCUUGGGUUUUUGGGGGGAGGGGUUUAUAGAGGCGGGGGAAGUGUACAUUUUUGAAAACAGCCACAAUCAACAUACGGCGCAAUCUAGGCUACAUGGUCAGGCUGCAUGGAAGCCCCAUCAGUUUAUCAACACACUUUUCCACCCAUUUGUUGCACAGUUAGAAGGUUUUAAUUAAAAAAAAAAAAGGAAAUGUUCUACAUUUUUUGAAAGUACACAUUUGCUAGCACAUGAAAGUUAAAUGAGAUACAUGUCGUACUCUUUAUAUGCAAAAAAUGCACAAAAACAAACUUUAUUAACCUAUACCCAAAUAUUGGCAAGAAACUCAAUUUUAAAACUUUUAAAAUCAAUGACAUCACUAUAAACGAAUACUUGUUAGUUUUUUAUUUUUCCCAAACAAUAUUUGUCACUUGGCAUAAAGGACGCUCAAGUUGGGUGUAAACUUAACUUAUUUGUUUGUUUGUUACAAAAGACAAAUCAAAACAGGAAUUCCAAAAUUUUACCACCAUCUAGGACUAAAUCUGAAUUCUUCCUCUCUCCCAACGGCUUCUCCCUCUCCUUAAAUUUACCCCUCCAAACGGAGAGUUAUGGAACAAUAGAUGUCAUCAAUGGUCGCCAGUCAGCUACGUUAGCGCAGAGAUGCUAGCGCUCAGAAAUACAUAAAAAUAUUGAUUUUAUAACUUGAAAAGGUCAUGCUGAAACAAGAAGUCAUUACUUAAAUUUUUAAAUGUAAACUUCUGUUCUUCAGAGCACACCCGCGUGAAAAAAACCGCUUCUCCGCGCCGCGCUGUGCAGCGGAAGCCCUUAAAACUAUUUCGAACAACCCUACCCCUGCAAUUGGAGGGGGAGGGGGAGAAUUCAGAUUCAGCCUAAUUCUUUAAAAGUAUAGUGGCAACUUUGUCCAAAAAAAAAAAUAUCUACAGUUGCUGAGGUUUUGUUUAUUUAUUUCACUUAACACACACAGAAAGAUAAAAGGAGGUUAAAUGUUUUCUAAAACGAAACAAAAUAUAUAUAUAUUGGCUGUUCAAAAUGAUGUCAGAAUGUGUUGGGUUUUUUUGGACUUUUUUUAGCCUUAUUUUUUUUUACCUCAAUUUUUUGUUUUCGUUUUGAACCAAAGUGAAGCAUUUAUGCUGUUAAAAAAAAACUGCACAAAAAAACAUCCCUUUUGAAUAGAAGAUGGCACAGAUGCUAGCUUAAAUCAGCAGAAACAUAAUUUUAAAACAAGCAAAUACUUUUGGAUGACCGAUAGGCGAUAUUGCAACCAAAAAGGUGAUCUCAGUUGGACUUUAUGUGUGCUACAUCAAAGAAAGAAAAAAGAUUUAGCAGUUAUAUUAUUAUUGAUGACUUCUUCACAGUAACAGAUAGCAGUCCCACAACUAACUACCAAAACGUUUAGGCAUUUUUUAUUUUAAAUUUCAGUCUAGUAUUUGGUAAAGUCCAAGCAGGUGCAGUACAGGUGCUGCCACUGCUGUUUUUGAGAAAACUCAAUGUUUAAAUGUGAGGAUUCGUUAAAAUGCCAGCAAUUAACAGCAGCUUCAUUUUGUCAACAUUAAAUCAAAGUUUUAGCCCUUUAACCUCAGAGCUUUUCCCUCAGUAUUAACGUUCUUUGAAUUACAACAAAACUGUUCAAGCAGGCUCUUUCAGUCUAAGGAAAUGCGCGUUUUUGGCUUUUGGUUCAAAACUUACUGUUGAACCAAAGCUACGCAUAUUUUUAAGACCAUUUUUGGGCUAUACGUACAAAUUGCGCAACCAUUGAAUCCGCUUAGCAUCAUCACAAACUUGGAUUUGGUAUGAUGUGUGGAUGGCGUCCCUUAUAGUUUACGGAAAUGCCAACCAUUUGAAGUUUGAUCAUGAAGGAGAAAUUAAUAAUUGCGUCCAGAAUAUUAUGAUAUUGAGUCUUUCUUAUUUCAAAAUAAAGUUAUGAAAGAAAAAGCCUGAAGUAAGAUUCGUGAAUUUGCACCACUUUUAGAGCAACGUUGAACCUCAUCAAAAAGUAGGUGUGCUAGAAAAGAGGUGCAAAAGAAGAAGGCGUAGCCCCUCCCUGCUUGCCCAGUGUUAACACUAUAUGCUAAACAUGUGUUUAACGAUGCUCGUCACAUGACCAGUGUGAAACGUAGCAUCACUCUUCAACAUAAUCAAUGUAAACCAAUUAGUUCUAAAGCAGAUAAACAGCUUUAAAGUCUGUUGGGUUUAUGUACUACCGUAACUCCUUAACUGCAAUUAGCAUAAUUUCAACAAAUUCUGACACAGAUUCAAGCAGAUUUAGAAUCUGAUGAGUUUAUGAACUACUGUAACUCUUUAACCAUAAUUAACAUAAUUUCCAUAAAUUCUGACACAGAUAAAAGCAGGUUUAAGAAUCUGAUGGAUAUACAGACUACCGUAACUCUUUAAUCGCAAUUAACGUAAUUUCCACAAAUUCUAACUCUGAUAAAAGUAGCUUUAGAAUCUGUUGGAUAUACAAAGUACCGUAACUCUUUAACUAACUUGCAAUUAAUGUAAUUUCAACUAAUUCUGAUGCAGAUUGAAGCAGCUUUAGAAUAAGAUGAGUUUAUGAACUACCAUAACCCUUUAACUGCAAUUAGCAUAAUUUCAAGAAAUUCUGACGCGGAUUAAAGCGGGUUUAAAAUCUGUUGGAUUUACGAACUACCGUAACUCUUUAACUAUAAUUAGCUUAAUUUCAGCAAAUUCUGACAUGGAUAAAAGUAGCUUUAGAAUCUGUUAGAUAUACAAACUACCGUAACUCUUUCAUUGCAAUUAAUGUAAUUUCAACUAAUUCUGAUACAGAUUGAAGCGGCUUUAGAAUAAGAUGAGUUUAUGAACUACCGUAACUCUUUAACUGCAAUUAGCAUAAUUUCAACAAAUUCUGACACGGAUAAAAGCAGCUUUAGAAUGUGUUGGAUAUACGAACUUCCGUAACUCUUUAAUCGCAAUUAACGUAAUUUCCGCGAUUUCUAACGCGGAUAAAAGCAGCUUUAGAAUCUGUUGGAUUUACGAACUACCAUAGCUCUUCAACUGCAAUUAACUGAUAUGAAACACUUUACAGUAGUCAAAUUUAUACCCACCCAGCAUAAACCAACUAAUUCAGAUAGAAGGAAGAAGAGAAUCCCAGGAAUGGAUGUCAAUUGUGUUAACGGUAGCUACGUUAGCUCAAAGAGCGAGAGCAUUUCCUGUCAGUAGCGACAGCUCUGGUAUUAAAGGGUUCUAAAACAAGACUGGAUUGGAAGAGUUUGUAUUUUUUGCUUAAAACCAACUAUUUCAGGUUUUUGCAUAUUUUUUGAUCACCUGACCUCUGGAACAUUUGGCUUCUGAGAAAAAAGUUCAAUCAGACGGCAGUCACUGAGAAACCACUGAAAUCCAAACGUCAGUUUAGUAGUUUGACUGUAAAUUAAAUUGACGGAGUAUAAAAAUAACUGUUGGGACUUUGAUGCAGGUCUUUUAGGUCCUUCAACACAGGGAUGUUUGAUACCCGUUGGAAAAUCUUGUUUUUUUUUUGUUUUGUUUUUUUUUGGCGCUUCUGUCACUGUGUGCUUUGCUGUAGUUGAGCUUCAUGCGUAUUCUCGUGAAAAUGUUUCCGCUUUUGCUUUCACUGGGUGUUUGACCAAAAACUCAUCCUUAAACUUAAAAAAAGGAAAGAAAAAAUAAAAAAAAUAGGGGGGACUUUUACGGUGUAAGACCACGUUUUGCUGCUUUCUCCAGAGCAGAACCCAAAGUCCGGUGUUGUGCUGAGCAUCAGCAGAUCUGACGGCGAGGAGAGACAGGCGGGACGAGGGGGAGAGUGGAGCAGCCCCUCAGAAAAACCAGCCUCAAAAACAAUUCCCAGAAUUCCCUCCGUCAGCAAAUCCUCCAGAGGGAGAAGGGAGAGUCUCCGGACGGAAAGAGCUGCUCGAGCACUUCGGAGCCCCGGCACGGCGGCACGGGCGCCCCCUCCCCGCCACUCCGUCUCCCGCUUGAAACGUGGCGGUCAUCGCUACGCUUUGUUUGUGUUUUCUGCUCCUUUUGAUCUUUUUCUACACCCCCCUCCCCCUUAAUUUUUCUUUUUUACGGCAUUUCUACCUCAUAGCUACUAAAACACUUUUUGUUUUUCUGUCCAAAUUUCGAACAUUUAUUUAUUGAAAAAAAAAAGACACCGUGACGUUUUACGUGGUCUACCUCAGUGUGCAGGAGGAAAGCUGAUGGUGCAACCACGGGCUACAGCGUGGCCUAGAUUGUGGAUGGGAUUGGGUGGGGGGGGAACUCAUGUAAUCCAGAACAUUUGCUUUAAUCUUUUGUGAACUUCUGUGGUUGUACGCGUGUGAAUGUGUACAUACGUGGGCACACCUCUUCUUUUUUUUUCUUUUUUUCUUUUCUUUUUUUUUAUAAAUUGUUAGUAUAUAUUACACACUUGCACAACUUUGAACCAGAGUGUAACGUGUUUCUGUUGUACAUAUCUCUAUACAUACAAUACAAAUGCACCACUUGUUUAUAUGUGUGAAUAUGUUGCCAUACUUGCAGUAAAUGUAUUUUCAUGUAAUCUGAGGUACAAGCAGCAACAAACGACCCAUUAAAGACAUUUUCUUGGGAGAUUAUAUCUUAGCUUGUUGCGUUCUUUGUUUAACCGUUGCUCUGAGGAAAGAAAAGAUUAAUAGCGGAAUUUAUUUAUCAGAACAAUGGAAAAAUAAGUGUACUGCCU